AUGGAUGAAAUCAUCAAUGACCUAUUGGAGAUAAACCCAUGUGAGGUCUUGACUGCGCCUCUGCCUUACGAUGAAAGACAAACUUUGGACGAAAAAGUAGAAAUAACCUAUCGACAUACAAAGCAAGCCCAGACCAACAGAUCGAACAUCGAAAGAAACUUACAAAACACUAUUACACAGCCACAAGAAGAACUUACUGGCAGACAACUUUCAAGACUUAAUGUAGUUCAUAGAAUGAACAAACUAAGUAGAGAAGAAAUGUUAUAA